UUCUUGUUGUAAAUGAUUUAAUAUAAUUUUCCCCGCGCAGUAAGCGAAAAAUCUGUUCGUCUAUUAUUUUUUUCGCUAGCGUCGGAAUUCUUCAGAUGCCUGUGAUGCAGUGAGUUACGAAUACACUUUGGAAAGUAACAAAAAACACAUUAAAAAUGUCAAAUGAUCCAGAUUUUCUAAUGGCGCUGGAAAUGCAAAGGCAGUGGAACGCAGAGCAGAGCACUGAUUUGAAUAGUAGCACAAACAGCGAAAGCAGCGAGCCUGAGAUUGUCAACUUCAGCAUGCCGCCACCAUCGAAGAAACCUUUACGUAUUAAACGCAGCAAUCCAAGCUCAAACCAAGAUGAAGACUACUUGAACAGAACACAGAACCUGGUGCAUCCGCAAUGGGAAGUCCUCGAUCCCACUCCGGACAUAACCGCGUUGUUUGCCGCCUUUGAUAAUAAGUUCUUUCAAAGCCGUUUGAAGUGCGUAACUUUGGAGUGGAGUAAACGCAUGUAUAGCUGUGCUGGAAUAUGCUAUUCGCGGCGUAAUCGCUUUGGAAUGGAUAUAACUAUCCGCUUAAGCGAACCCCUGCUCAAGUUAAGACCACGCAAGGACUUGGUUGAAACUAUGUUGCACGAGAUGAUACACGCAUACUGUUUUGUCUUGAAUAUUCGGGAAGGCAACGGCGGGCAUGGCCCUAACUUCAAAAAGAUCAUGUACGCUAUCAAUAAAGUAGCCGGUACGAACAUAACAGUUUACCACACAUUCAGAGAUGAAGUGGACGUAUAUAAACAGCACUGGUGGCGCUGUAAUGGGAGCUGCACAAAUCGCGCACCCUUUUUCGGCUAUGUAAAACGUACGUGCAACCGAGCUCCCGGCCCUAAUGACCAAUGGUGGGCGGCACAUCAGGAAUCUUGUGGUGGUACUUUCAUGAAAAUUAAAGGUCCGGACAAACCUAAGAAGCGAAAUACAACAAAAGAUACAAAACCACCGAACGGCAAGGAUUUGCGUACAUUUUUCCCUACUAAGGACAAAAAAAUAAGCUCAACACCAAAGCUGUCGGAUGCAAAUAAUUUGAGGAGUUCUAGUAGUGGAUCGGCAGGCUUUGGCGGUAUUAAAGGACCCAUCAAAACCAACGGGGGUGGUACGCUUCUUCUGAAUCCUAAAACAAAACCACCUCUUGCAAAGCCAAAUGAGCGCCAGCCAUCCAUUGCAUCUGCAUUUCCCCCCUCCUCCUACCCAGGCCUAUCAACUGAUCCGUUCAAUACAAAAACAAGUCAUAACUCGAUUAGUACACCUACAAGACGCACUUCGGCAAGUGGUAACUUAGGAAACGUUUUUGGUUUCGCAAAUUUAAAUGACGGUAAUGGCGGUGACAGUUGGCCUGCAGGAGGUCGUAUCAAUGGGAACAAGACAAAUGCUGCUUUCAGUGGUAGUGGGUGCCAAGUAGGUGCCACUAGUAACUCGAGCAUGAGCUCGAAAAACAGUCCUGGGCGAGAUGUGGAUCGUAAUCAUUUGCGUGACUUGUGGCUAAAGCGUUUUGAUAACAGUAGCAAUAACGGAAAUUCUGACUCGAAAUUAGUUAAUAAUAACAAACCCGCGCGUGGCCUUGAAAGCGAUGCAGAAGCGCCACAAGGUGAUGUGAAACGGAGACGCCUUUCAACCGAUGAUUCACAACCACAUAACAUACCUGAAGAUACUAAACCGAAAACUGACGAUUGGCUUGUGUUAGAUGAUGAGAUAAUGUUAAGAGAGGCACCUACAGAGACUAUUGCCAUACUCUCCGAUGAUGAAAGCGAUGAAUAUGACAAUGAUGUGGAGGAAAGUGAUAAUGAAGUGCGACCAUCGAAACAAUCCACACCGCUUACCGCUGAUGAACGUCAAAAAGCGAUUAAGCAAGAAAUACUCGAAGAUACUGCAGAUUUGUUGGAUGAGGAUAUCAUUCUUAUAGAUGACGAGUAUGACGAUAAUUCACUAGUUGCCAAUAAUGAUUUGCCGACUAUAUCGGCGGCUGCAGAAUUGGCCGACACUUCUGUGAUAGAUGAGUUCUUUAGCGACGACACAAUGUUGAAGGAGUUCAAUCGUGAGAACGAUGUUAAACCGUCCGGGUCUCGUCAUUUCUCCUUGCCAGAGGAUGAAAUCAUUACAUGUCCCAUAUGUCAAGGUAAAAUGAAGCGUUGUGUAUUCGCCGACCAUAUGAACGGAUGUACUGGUAUUGCAAUUAAAGUUGCUCCCCCUAAGCAUGCGCUGAAAAAGCUAUCGGCUAUAUCCCGACCUGUGAAACCGACCAACAAAUCACGCCCCUCUCGUAAAGAAAUUCUACGCAAAGCCGGCUACUCUGAACAGGAUUUAAUCAAUCUUACAUCGACUAGUGAUGAAGAAUUUUCUAGUAGUAAUGGUAAUAUAAACCUCACCUCGCCAACUCAACCUAAUGCUUAUUCAACAUCUGCAGAGGUGAGCCCAGAAAAUAUGGAUACUAGGUUAUAUCGGCAAAGAAAUAUUUUGAAAAGCACCAUUCAGUGCCCUAAUUGUGGCCAAGAGGUUGAACAGAACACAAUUAACGAUCAUCUGGAUGAUUGCCUCUCGUCAUAGUAUUAUAAAUUUUAAGUAUAUUUAUUUAUAAAAAAUUACAAAAUGUUUUCCAUGCUUGGUAUGUCUAAGUUCAUCACAAAGUAUCUUAAUAUUACAACAUCUUUGGCUUCUUCAUGAAAUAAAAGGCAUUUAUUCACAUAAUUUUUCCGAA